AUGGAAAACCCUAAAUGGCGAAGAAAUCAGGAUUCUGGAAACCUUAUGCAAGGCUGCACCAUUCUGUGCUCAAAUCGACUGCACCUUCUGUGUAUCCAACAUGAUACAAAUCCAACAAAUGCGGAAUGCUGGCCACGAUCGGCCAUCGUUGCAUCUGGUCUGUUCCUCUACCUUAUGAUCACCCUCUGCUACUGCUUGUUCUCUGUACCUGUUGUGAUGGGACGCCCUCUACUACGAUGCUUAGGACUCAUAGGAUGGUUCUCAAUCACGACAUUCACAACACUCGUAUACUUGUGCGCGAGUGGAGCAAAACGAACAUGUGGUCGACUGUGCAGGCGAAAUCCAGCCAGGAGACGUUGUAAUCUAUGGACUGAAUUAGCUGUCUGCCUCGCAAUAGCAGCUUACGCAUCUGCCUGUCAAGAGGUCGACGUAUUCCACCACAAUAUUGCUAUGUGCCACCGGUACAAGAAUGAGGAAUGGUGCUCGGUAGACACAUCUGAAAUUGUCAAGCUCAACCCAUUCAAAAGAGAAGUUUGCUUACGCCUGACAAAGAAUGACACCACCGUUCUUGAAUUUCGACUCUUAUGGGAGAGACUUCAACUGGCUUGCCGAAAAACACCAGUAAUUUUCACGAGAAGCACAAGAUACGGCCUUCUGGACAGCAAGCGUUGUCCCCAUGCUGGAUCGUGCGUUGGACAAAAGUGCGCAUCAGUCAAUCGGAGCACGAAGGUACCUGAGCUCCACAAGGCGAACGACUACCCCGGUGUGACCGGAUGUGUCGAAAGCUGCGGAGGACCCGGCUGCGACUGUUUCUAUCCCACCUCGGGAUGCCUUUUCUACAGGAUUUACCUCCGAGCAAACGACGAAAAUGUGUACGAAAUCUACAAAUGCAACACUUGGGAAGAAUCGGUCCAAAUACGGGUCACGAUAAUUCGCCCACAAGCUGCACCACGACAUCAACUCGUCGAAGUGGUACCAAAUCAGCCAUACCUACUUCCACCAUUGACUAUCACCCUUUCAUCUCUGGGUGUACCUCCAACUCCCUUUCUCGACAACCUAUUCGUCACCGACGGACUUCGCACCGCCAUCGCACCUCGACAAUACGACCCCCUUUACAAUGUCAGACUAGAGAAGAGGCUCUGA